AUGUCGUUCCUUUCUAGGUGCAGCACCAUCCGUUCCAAGGGAAGUGGAAAGCUUAUCGUACAGCUUCGGCUCAUCAUCGACGUUCUACCAGCUAGAGAUUACGGCCUUUCGUGGCUGGUCAAUACCCCAGAAGUGACCCCUGAGCCCAAUAAUUUGACGAUCGCUAUAGUGGAUCAAUACGGCCGUGUUCAGGAUGCAGCCAUGACCAUUCCGAGUUUCGAGGUCGAAUAUGGAACUCCGAUUACGGCGUCUUAUCGUGGUAUAUUCCGGCGUGAUACAGUGCCGUCCGCCGAGCCCGAUGAUGGGACACUUUCCACAACAACUCUCAGCACCGCCGCUUUAACGGAGGGAGCACUGGACUAUCGCGUAACGUUGAUGUUCAAUGUCACCAAGGACUUCCCAACAGAUGGCGGCAUCGACAGAAUUCGCAUUGAAUAUCCGAUCGGUGUUGUCCAUAACGAAGCUCAGCGGGAGCUCCCAGUGACUUGGUUUGGUGUGCAGUUCAAUAGCGAGCUGCGAGAAGCUAUACAGGAGGUCGUGUUGGAAAGCAACAAGGCAGUGAUUAUGUUCGUCAAGGAAGAUGCUCGGCGUCUUCAACCUGGCCAGUACUCCAUCACUGUGCCGGUUACUCUGCCGGACUCCAAGUCAGACCCUCCAGGAUUCAACUUCUACCAUUUGACCUUCUGCAGAUCCUCAGCAACUGCAGUCCUGCGUACGAGUCCUCCUGUGUCCUAA